AUGAGAGCAACGGCGAUCCUGCUGCAGCAGCGCCUCCGCUUGACCCUCUUCACCCGUCCCAACUGCUCCUUGUGCGACGAUGCCAAAGAAGUCAUCAACUACGUGGGCAAGCGAAGGCCCUUUGAGUACGAGGAAAUCGACGUGAUGGAGAAACAGCAGCAGAAGUGGAAGGCGUUGUAUGAAUUUGACACGCCGGUGCUUCACGUAGACGCGCCGGAGAAGCAGCAGCAGCCCUUCGAAACCACGACAAACGCGCGGAAAUUGAUGCAUCGCUUCACUCAGACCGAGCUGGAACAGGCCAUCACCCAAGCAUUGCAAUCAUCUGGACAGUAA